AUGACCUAUCGCACCACUGUGGACCUCCUUUUCAAAUCCCAGGAAUUUAUCCCUAACUACAAAUGUGAUAGCCAGAAGAUUCUGAUGGCUAUCAUUGGAGGAUUAGGUUCUGAUACAUCAUCUAAUAUAGCUGAAGUUGUAGAUUUUUACAAGAUUCCACAGCUGACAUAUGGCUCUUUAGCCCAAGAAGAGUUUCAGAGCAGCAAACGCUCGUCACUUUAUUUCAUGGUCCCAAAAGAGGACCAUCAAUACAUUGGAAUUAUCCAACUGCUUCAUCAUUUCAGAUGGUCAUGGAUUGGGAUUUUUACUAUGGAUAACAACAAUGGAGAACGUUUCCUACAGAAAAUGCAGCCCAUGCUUUCACAAAAUGGAAUCUGUUCAUCAUUCAUACAAAGGAUUUCACAACUAAUCCACUUUGAACACUAUAUCGAACUUUCUCACAUGCUCUCAGAUAUUUCCACUAAUUUGAGGAAUAGCAACACCACCACAUUUCUCGUCUAUGGUGAAUCGCUGACAAUUAUGGGGCUCAGGGCUAUCAUGUUUGUAGCAGAUCCUGAAAACAAGCAAACUGCAUCAUUUGGAAAGGUGUGGAUCAUGACUGCACAGAUUGAUUUUAUGCUGUCCGGCUUUCAAAUCAGUUGGGAUCUCCAGAUGUUCCAUGGGGCUCUUUCCUUCACUGUUCAUUCAAGAGCAGUUGUAGGUUUCAAGGAGUUUCUUCAGACCAUCAAGCCUCAUGCAGACCACAGAGAUGGGUUUCUGCAAGAUGUUUGGGAACAAUCAUUUGAUUGUUCAUUCUCAAAAUCAGAAUUACAAGAAAUGUCCAAUAGGCAGUGCCCAGUGGAAAAGAAACUGGAGGAUCUUCCUGGGCCUGUGUUUGAAAUGGAAAUGACUGGCCAAAGCUACAGUGUCUACAAUGCUGUUUAUUCUGUGGCUCAUGCUUUGCAGGCUCUAUUCAUGUCGGGGUUCAAUAAGAAAAAAACAAUGAUGGGUAAAAAAACUGACUUUCCAUAUCUGCAGCCUUGGCAGCUCCAUCCGUUUCUACAUGGCAUUUCUUUUAACAAUUCAGCUGGAGAGAAAGUUUCCCUGAAUGAAAAAGGGGAAGUAAUGGGUGGAUUUGAUAUCAUCAACCUCAUCACAUUUCCCAAUCGGUCUUUUCAAAGAGUACUUCCAAUUUCUCUGUGUAAUAACCAUUGCUCCCCUGGAUACUGGAAAAAGGAGAUUGAAGGAAAACAAUUCUGUUGCUAUGACUGUGUUCCAUGUCCAGAAGGGAAGAUUUCAAAUCAAAAGGAUAUGGAUGACUGUUUUGAAUGUUCAGAAGAUCAUUAUCCAAAUGAAGAAAAGAAUGGAUGUAUCCUGAAACUGGUGAUGUUUCUAACAUUUGAAGAAACCUUAGGAAUUGGUUUAGCUUCAGCUGCUCUUUGUUUCUUCUUCUUGACAUCUUGGGUACUUGGAACUUUUAUUAAGCACAGGGAUACUCCUAUUGUCAAAGCCAACAACCGGUCCCUCACUUACACCCUCCUGGUCUCUCUUCUCCUCUGUUUUCUCUCCUCUUUCUUCUUCCUCAGCCAACCUGGCAAUGUGACUUGCCUUCUCCGACAACCAACUUUUGGCAUCACCUUCUCAGUGGCCAUUUCUAGUGUUCUGGCUAAAACUAUCACCGUGGUUGUUGCUUUCAUGGCCACUAAACCAGGUUCUCAGAUGAGGAAGUGGGUAGGGAAAAGAUUGGCUUUUUCUAUCGUCCUCUCGGGUUCUCUGUUACAAGCAUGCAUUAGUAUUCUUUGGUUGUCAACAUCUCCCCCAUUCCCUGAGUUGGACAUGCAUUCAGAGCUCCAGGAAAUGAUUUUACAGUGCAAUGAAGGGUCAGCUUUCUUCUUCUACUGUGUCUUGGGCUUCAUGGGUAUCUUGGCCGUCGCCAGCUUUAUUGUGGCUUUCCUUGCUCGUAAAUUACCUGACAGCUUUAAUGAAGCCAAAUUCAUCACUUUCAGCAUGUUGGCCUUUUGCAGUGUGUGGAUCUCCUUCUUUCCAGCGUAUCUGAGCACAAAGGGAAAAGCCAUGAUAGCUGUGGAGGUUUUCUCCAUCUUGGCCUCCAGUGCUGCAUUACUGGGAUGCAUAUUCCUGCCAAAAUGCUACACCAUUAUUUUGCGACCUGACCUCAACCACAGGGAGCAACUCACAAAGAGAAAUUAAUAUAUCAUGUGUUCUUUCUGGCUCCCCUAAUUAAAAGAUCAAAGAUUUAAAGGGAUUCUAACCUGGUCUAAUGGUUAAGGAACUGCGGUAGAAAGCAAGGGACCAUGAGUUCAAGCUCUGCCUUGGCCCUCAAAGCCAGCUGGAUAACUUUGGACCAAACACUGUUUUUCAGACCAGUGUACCUCAAAGGGUUGUUGCUAUGUGGAAAAAAUAAGGAGGAUGGUAUAUUGGAUAUGUUUGCUGCCUUUGGUUGUUUGUAAAAAUAAUAAAGUGGUAUAUAUUGUAAAAAAAAAAUAAACAAAUAAAUGAAAUGAAAUACUAAAAUGAAAUGAAAUAAUAAAAUGAAAUAAAAUAAAAUAUAAAAUAAAGUAAUAAAAUGAAACGAACCUGCUAUGGCAAGUGAAAGGGAUUGAAAGGUGUAAAAUGUAUGAUGACAUCAUUAGCUAAAUUCCACCCAGUUUGUAAAUGCAUAAUGAGCUGCAUAAAAGGAUGUCAUUUC